AUGGAAGAGAUCCUGAGGAAGCUGCAGAAGGAAGCGUCCGGGAGCAAGUACAAAGCCAUCAAAGAGAGCUGCACCUGGGCCCUGGAAACCCUGGGCGGUGUGGAUACCAUUGUCAAGAUCCCCCCACAUUUGCUGAGGGAAAAAUGCUUGCUGCCUCUCCAGCUGGCCUUGGAAUCCAAGAACAUGAAACUGGCCCAGCAUGCCUUGGCAGGAAUACAGAAGCUUCUGUCGGAAGAGAGGUUUGUAUCCAUGGAAACAGAUUCUGAUGAGAAGCAGCUGCUCAAUCAGAUCCUGAAUGCUGUGAAAGUGACGCCUUCCCUCCAUGAAGACCUGCAGGUGGAAGUGAUGAAGGUUUUACUCUGCAUAACCUAUACCCCGACCUUUGACCUGAAUGGGAGCGCAGUGCUGAAGAUUGCAGAGGUGUGCAUUGAGACAUACAUAUGUAGCUGUCACCAGCGUAGUAUAAACACGGCUGUGCGGGCAACUCUCAGUCAAAUGCUGAGUGACUUGACUUUACAGUUACGACAAAGGCAGGAAAAUACGAUCAUUGAAAACCCGGACGCCCCACCGGAAUUCAGGAAUCAAGGGUCAACAGUUGAGUCCCUUUGUGAUGACCUUGUCUCUGUGCUUACCGUUCUGUGUGAGAAGCUACAAGCCGCCAUCAAUGACCAGCAGCAGCUGCAGCUCCUGUACUCUGAGUGCAUCCUGUCCGUGCUCAGCAGCUCCUCCUCCUCCAUGCGCCUGCACAGAGGCUUCACAGACCUGAUCUGGAAAAACCUUUGCCCUGCUCUCAUCGUGAUCCUGGGGAAUCCAAUCCAUGACAAAACCAUCACCUCUGCUCACAGCAGCAGCGCCGGGACCAGCGUCGAGUCAGACUCUGCAUCUCCGGGAAUUUCUGACCAUGGCCGGGGGUCAGGCUGCUCCUCCACGGCACCAGCCCUGAGUGGGCCGGUGGCUCGGACCAUUUAUUACAUCGCGGCUGAGCUGGUCCGGCUGGUGGGGUCGGUGGACUCCAUGAAGCCUGUGCUCCAGUCCCUGUAUCACCGGGUGCUGCUUUAUCCGCCACCCCAGCACCGGGUGGAAGCCAUCAAAAUCAUGAAAGAGCUACUUGGGAGCCCACAGCGCCUCUGUGAUUUGGCAGGACCCAGCUCUACUGAACAAGAAUCCAGAAAAAGAUCAAUUUCAAAAAGAAAGUCCCAUCUGGAUCUUCUCAAACUCAUCAUGGAUGGCAUGACCGAAGCAUGCAUCAAGGGUGGCAUCGAGGCUUGCUAUGCCGCCGUGUCCUGUGUCUGCACCUUGCUCGGGGCCUUGGACGAGCUGAGCCAGGGCAAGGGCUUGAGCGAAGGCCAAGUACAGCUCCUGUUGCUGCGCUUGGAGGAGCUCAAGGACGGGGCAGAGUGGAGCCGGGACUCCAUGGAGAUCAACGAGGCCGACUUCCGCUGGCAGCGGCGCAUCCUGUCCUCGGAGCACACGCCAUGGGAGGCGGGGAAUGAGAGGAGCCCCGACAUCAGCAUCAGUGUGACCACAGACACGGGCCAGACCACUCUGGAGGGCGAGCUGGGCCAGACCACGCCCGAGGACCGCUCCGACAACCACAAGCACAGCCUCAAGUCUCCGGCCCAGCCGGAGAGCAAGGAGACCCUGAGCAAAGUGUCGGAGCCCGAAGCGGUCGACCAGCCGGACGUGGUCCAGAGGAGCCACACAGUUGCCUACCCCGACAUAACAAACUUCCUGUCGGUGGACUGCAGAAUGAGGUCCUACGGCUCCCGGUACAGCGAGAGCAAUUUCAGUGUAGAUGACCAGGACCUUUCGCGGACCGAGUUCGACUCCUGUGAUCAGUACUCGAUGGCGGCAGAGAAGGACUCGGGCCGGUCCGAUGUGUCGGACAUCGGGUCAGACAACGGCUCCCUGGCCGACGAAGAGCAGACCCCUCGGGACUGCCUGGGCCACAGGUCCCUGCGGACUGCUGCUCUGUCCCUGAAACUGUUGAAGAACCAGGAGGCCGACCAGCACAGCGCCAGGCUGUUCCUGCAGUCCCUGGAAAGCCUCCUGCCCCGCCUGCUGGCCCUGCCCAGCGUGGAAGAGGUGGACACCGCCCUCCAGAACUUCGCCUCCACCUUCUGCUCAGGCAUGAUGCACUCUCCCGGAUUCGACGGGAGCGGCAGCCUCAGCCUGCAGAUGCUGAUGAACGCCGACAGCCUGUACACGGCCGCGCACUGCGCGCUGCUGCUCAACCUCAAGCUGUCGCACGGCGACUACUACCGGAAGCGGCCCGCGCUGGCGCCCGCCAUGAUAAAGGAGUUCAUGAAGCAGGUCCAGACCAGCGGGGUGCUGAUGGUUUUCUCCCAGGCCUGGAUUGAAGAACUCUACCAUCAGGUGCUCGACAGGAACAUGCUCGGAGAAGCCGGCUACUGGGGCAGCCCGGAGGAUAACAGCCUUCCCCUCAUCACCAUGCUGACCGACAUUGAUGGCUUAGAGAGCAGUGCAAUUGGGGGCCAGCUGAUGGCUUCAGCUUCUACAGAGUCUCCUUUCACCCAGGGCAGGAGAAUUGAUGACUCCACGGUGGCAGGUGUGGCAUUUGCUCGCUAUGUUCUGGUGGGCUGCUGGAAGAACUUGAUCGAUACUUUAUCAACCCCCCUGACUGGCCGAAUGGCAGGAAGCUCCAAAGGGUUGGCCUUCAUUCUGGGAGCUGAAGGCGUCAAAGAGCAGAACCAAAAGGAACGUGAUGCCAUCUGCAUGAGCCUCGAUGGGCUGCGGAAGGCAGCGCGGCUGAGCUGUGCUCUAGGAGUUGCCGCUAACUGCGCCUCAGCCCUUGCCCAGAUGGCAGCUGCCUCCUGUGUCCAGGAAGAAAAAGAGGAAAAGGAAGUCCAAGAGCCCAGUGAUGCCAUAGCACAAGUGAAGCUAAAAGUGGAGCAGAAACUGGAGCAGAUCGGGAAGCUGCAGGGGGCAUGGCUGCACACAGCCCACGUGUUGUGCAUGGACGCCAUCCUCAGUGUAGGCCUGGAGAUGGGAAGCCACAACCCGGACUGCUGGCCACACGUGUUCAGGGUCUGUGAGUACGUGGGCACGCUAGAGCACACCCAUUUCAGCGCCGGCACCCCUCAGCCCCCUCUGACCAUCAGCCAGCCCCAGAAGGCACCAGGGGACCCUGGACUCCUUGGGGACCCAGAGUGUGAGGACUCGGCUCCGGAGCAGAACCUGGAGCCCGAGAGCUCCCUGAGCGCGGCCCCCGUCAUCCAGCCUCUCUCCAUCCAAGAACUGGUCAGGGAAGGCAGCCGAGGCCGGGCCUCCGACUUCCGCGGGGGCAGCCUCAUGACAGGGAGCAGCGCCGCCAAGGCCGUGCUCACGCUGUCCACCCAGGCCGACAGGCUUUUUGAAGAUGCUACGGAUAAGUUGAACCUCACAGCCCUGGGAGGGUUCCUUUAUCAGCUGAAGAAAGCAUCACAGUCCCAGCUCUUCCAUUCUGUCACGGAUACAGUUGAUUACUCUCUGGCAAUGCCAGGAGAAGUUAAAUCCACCCAAGACCGGAAAAGUGCCCUCCACCUAUUCCGCCUGGGGGAUGCCAUGCUGAGAAUCGUGCGGAGCAAAGCACGGCCACUGCUCCACGUGAUGCGCUGCUGGAGCCUGGUGGCCCCGCACCUGGUGGAGGCUGCCUGUCACAAGGAAAGGCACGUGUCUCAGAAGGCUGUUUCCUUCAUCCAUGAUAUACUGACAGAGGUCCUCACUGACUGGAACGAGCCACCUCAUUUUCACUUUAACGAAGCACUCUUCCGACCUUUUGAGCGUAUUAUGCAGCUGGAGCUGUGCGAUGAAGAUGUCCAAGACCAGGUUGUCACAUCUAUCGGCGAGCUGGUUGAAGUGUGUUCCACCCAAAUCCAGUCGGGAUGGAGGCCCUUGUUCAGUGCCCUGGAAACGGUGCACAGUGGGAACAAGUCUGAGGUGAAGGAGUAUCUGGUUGGUGAUUAUUCCAUGGGAAAAGGCCAAGCCCCAGUGUUUGAUGUAUUUGAAGCUUUUCUCAACACCGACAACAUCCAGGUCUUCGCUAAUGCAGCCACAAGUUAUAUCAUGUGCCUUAUGAAGUUUGUCAAAGGACUGGGGGAGGUUGACUGUAAAGAAAUAGGAGACUGUGUCCCAGGACCAGGAGCCACGUCCCCAGACCUGUGCCUGCCUGCCCUGGAUUACCUCAGGCGCUGCUCUCAGUUACUGGCCAAAAUCUACAAAAUGCCAUUGAAGCCAAUAUUCCUUAGCGGGAGACUCGCUAGCUUGCCCCGAAGACUUCAGGAGCAGUCGGCGAGCAGUGAGGAUGGAAUUGAGUCAGUCCUGUCUGAUUUUGAUGACGACACUGGGCUGAUAGAAGUCUGGAUCAUCCUGCUGGAGCAGCUCACAGCAGCUGUGUCCAACUGUCCACGGCAGCACCAGCCACCCACCCUGGAUUUACUCUUUGAGCUGUUGAGAGAUGUUACCAAAACACCUGGACCCGGGUUUGGGAUCUAUGCGGUGGUUCACCUUCUCCUCCCUGUGAUGUCCCUUUGGCUCCGGCGUAGCCAUAAAGACCAUUCGUACUGGGACGUGGCUUCUGCUAAUUUCAAGCAUGCCAUUGGCCUGUCCUGUGAGCUGGUGGUGGAGCACAUUCAGAGCUUUAUACACUCAGACAUCAGGUAUGAGAGCAUGAUCAACACGAUGCUGAAGGACCUGUUUGAGUUACUGGUGGCGUGUGUGGCCAAGCCCACGGAGACCAUCUCCCGGGUGGGCUGCUCCUGUAUUAGGUAUGUCCUUGUCACAGCGGGCCCCGUGUUCACGGAGGAGAUGUGGAGGCUAGCAUGCUGCGCCCUGCAGGACGCAUUCUCCGCCACGCUCAAGCCAGUCAAGGAUCUGCUGGGCUGCUUCCACAGUGGUACCGAGAGCUUCAGUGGGGAGGGCUGCCAGGUGAGGGUGGCAGCCCCCUCCUCCUCCCCCAGCGCGGAGGCCGAGUACUGGCGCAUUCGAGCCAUGGCUCAGCAGGUGUUUAUGUUGGACACCCAGUGCUCACCAAAGACUCCAAACAACUUCGAUCAUGCUCAGUCCUGUCAGCUCAUUAUUGAACUGCCUCCUGAUGAGAAGCCAAACGGUCAUACGAAGAAAAGCGUUUCUUUCAGGGAAAUUGUGGUGAGCUUGCUCUCUCAUCAAGUGUUACUCCAGAACUUAUAUGAUAUCUUGUUAGAAGAGUUUGUCAAGGGCCCCUCCCCUGGGGAGGAGAAGACGGUCCAGGUGCCCGAGGCCAAGCUCGCCGGCUUCCUCAGGUACAUCUCCAUGCAGAACUUGGCGGUCAUCUUCGACCUGCUGCUAGACUCGUACAGGACGGCGAGAGAGUUUGACACCAGCCCUGGGCUGAAGUGCCUGCUGAAGAAGGUGUCCGGCAUCGGAGGCGCUGCCAACCUCUACCGCCAGUCUGCAAUGAGUUUUAAUAUUUAUUUCCACGCGCUGGUCUGUGCGGUUCUCACCAACCAAGAAACCAUCACUGCCGAGCAAGUGAAGAAAGUCCUUUUUGAGGACGAGGAGAAAAGCACAGACUCCUCCCAGCAGUGUUCAUCAGAAGAUGAAGACAUUUUUGAGGAGACUGCCCAGGUGAGUCCCCCGAGAGGCAAGGAGAAGAGGCGGUGGAGGGCCCGGAUGCCGUCGCUAAGUGUCCAGCCCAUCAGCAAUGCGGACUGGGUGUGGCUGGUCAAGAGGCUGCACCAGCUGUGCAUGGAGCUGUCCACCAACUACAUCCAGAUGCACCUGGAUCUGGAGAACAGCAUGGAGGAGGCUCCCAUCUUCAAGAGUGACCCGUUCUUCAUCCUCCCCUCCUUCCAGUCGGAGUCCUCCACCCCAUCCACUGGGGGGUUCUCGGGGAAAGACACCCCUUCUGAGGACGACCGAAGUCAAGCCCGGGAUCACACAGGCGAGUCUGGGAACCUGAGGGUGGGCAGCGGGGACGUGCUGCUGCUGCCCCCGAGCCCCAAGGUGGAGAAGAAGGAUUCUGGCCGGAAGAAAGAAUGGUGGGAGAGCGCGGGUAACAAAAUCUACACCAUGGCGGCCGACAAAACCAUUUCCAAGUUGAUGACUGAAUACAAAAAGAGGAAACAGCAGCACAACCUGCCCACGUUCCCCAAAGAGGUCAAGGUGGAUAAGAAGGGCGAGCCGCUGGGUCCACGGGGCCAGGACUCCCCACUGCUGCAGCGUCCCCAGCACUUGAUAGACCAAGGGCAGAUGCGGCAUUCCUUCAGCGCGGGCCCCGAGCUGCUGCGACAGGAGAAGAGGCCCCGCUCCGGCUCCACCGGGAGCUCCCUGAGCGUGUCUGGGAGGGACGCCGAAGCACAGAUCCAGGCGUGGACCAACAUGGUGCUAACAGUUCUCAACCAGAUUCAGAUCCUUCCAGACCAGACCUUCACAGCCCUCCAGCCUGCCGUGUUCCCGUGCAUCAGCCAGCUGACCUGUCACGUGACCGACAUCCGCGUGCGCCAGGCCGUGAGAGAAUGGCUGGGCAGAGUGGGCCGGGUCUACGACAUCAUCGUGUAGACGACUGACGUGAAGGAAGUUCAGUAGCGAGGGUUAGAGAAUGCCUGCCAGUCUGACUGAUCGGUUUUCCCCACCACCAGCCCCAUAAAAUAAGGGUCUCAGAGGACAAUCUGCCGCUCCCCAACACUGGGGCCAUUCUGGACACUAAACUUAUAUCUGGAUGACACAACUGAUACUCUGAUUUUGCACAUGA